UGUCCUGGAGAGUAGCAGAUUGUGAACGGUCUCCUCACCCCAAGGAUUUACAGGAGGCGGGAGCACCGGCACGGGACAACUUCUCUCUCCUUUUUUCACUCAUUUGGAUCCAAACGUCUGACGAUUUGACCUCAGACAAUGGACUUCCGCGCAGCAGUCAUCCUCCUCCUCUCAGUGUCCCUGGCGGCAGCCACCGGAAAGGGAUACGUCGUCAAGAAGUACCAGCCCUACGCAGUCAAGAGUCAUGUGGUGUCGGUAGCAGGAGAGCCAGGUGCCCCAGGUGAGCCCGGACCCGAGGGCCCCGCCGGGCCUCCCGGACCCGCAGGUGAGAAUGGCGUUGGAUACCCCGGCCCAGUCGGACCCCCUGGACCCCCAGGACCCGCUGGCUACUCCGCUCCCGGCAAACCCGGAUCCCCCGGUGGUCCCGGCAAACCCGGCUCCAACGGCGUUCCCGGAGCCAAGGGAGACACUGGAGCCAUGGGACCCCAGGGACCCAGAGGCAUGCCCGGCCCCUCCGGAAGCCCAGGACCCGCUGGACUCUCCGCCACUGGCAAACCCGGAGCCACCGGCGCCCCUGGACCUGUGGGAGCAACCGGCGCUAUGGGACCCAAGGGAUACACUGGCGCUCCUGGCGCCCCCGGAGCCAAGGGAGAUAGAGGCGUCGGCGUUCAAGGACCAGCUGGCGCCACUGGCCCCAUGGGCCCCAUGGGUCCCUCUGGCCCAGCCGGAGAGCCAGGCGUCGGAAGAGUCGGCCAGCCCGGAAAGCCAGGCGAGCCCGGCAAGUCAGGUAUGCCAGGAAGAGAUGGCGCCCCCGGAGCCACCGGCGCUAUGGGACCCAAGGGACACACCGGUGCCCCCGGAAUCGGCGUGUCAGGUAAACCAGGUGAGAAUGGCGCCCCAGGUCUGCCCGGCCCCGCUGGCUCCAGAGGUCCUCAGGGCGCUGCUGGUGCUCCUGGCGCUCCCGGCAUCCCUGGCUACGGCAAGCCCGGCGCUAACGGCCAGAAGGGCGAGAGGGGAGUAGUGGGCAGCCCCGGUACCACCGGUCAGAAGGGAGAGCCAGGUUCCAUGGGCGCAACCGGCGCCACCGGAUCCACCGGACCCACAGGCGCCACCGGACCUCAGGGAGCCAAGGGAUACCCAGGAGAGAGAGGCGCCACCGGUGCCAAGGGUGACUCCGGAGCCCCCGGCAUUCCAGGACACAAGGGCUUCAAGGGAGACCAGGGACCCCAGGGCGUGGAGGGCAAGCAGGGAUACACUGGCGCCCCCGGACCCGUCGGACCUCGCGGAGCUACCGGCGCCGCAGGAGCUAAAGGUGAGAUGGGCCACAGCGGCGCCACCGGUGCCCCAGGUGCCCCCGGACCCGUCGGCCCCAAGGGCCACACCGGAUUCACUGGCCCCGCUGGAGAGAGAGGAGACGCAGGUGCCCCCGGAUCUAGAGGCCCAGCUGGACCAAUGGGACCUUCCGGCGCCCCCGGAGCCAAGGGACACCCCGGACUUCCUGGCGCACCUGGCCCAGCCGGCAUCGCAGCCAAGGGAAUCCCCGGACCUCAGGGACCACCCGGACUUCCCGGCUCCGACGGCCAGGACGGUGCCCAGGGACCCUCUGGACCCCCCGGACCUCCCGGCCCACCCGGCGAGGUGAUCUUCGAGAAGAGCAUGGGCCCAGGUGAGAUCAUGGUGCCCACCCUGGUCAAGGCCCCCAUGUCCGCCUUCUCUGCCACCACCACCACCCCAUACCCACCAUCCGGCGAGCCCAUCAAGUUCGAGCACAUCGUGUACAACGCCGAGGGCCACUACGACUCCGAGACCGGCGUCUUCACCUGCCAGGUGCCCGGAGUCUACUACUUCUCCUACAACAUGCACGUGAAUGGAGCCAAUGCCCUGGUGGCGCUGUACAGGAACGACGACCCCGUCAUGUUCACCUACGACGAGUACAACAAGGGCUUCCUGGACCAGAUGUCCGGCAGCACCGUGCUGCAGCUCAACGAGAACGACACCGUCUUCAUCAAGAUCCCCGAUGACGAGGCCAACGGUGUGUUCGCCGCCGACAACGUUCACUGCUCCUUCUCCGGCUUCCUGAUCGCCUCCACGUGAUAGGCCAGUCAUAGCGUCAGGGGUGCAUUUCUCGAAACCAUAGUUGCUAACCAUGUUAGCGACUUUGUUGGCUGCAAUGCAAUUUCCCAUUGGCAGCUACCCAAGUUGCUAGCUGGCUAACAACCAUGCUUUCGAGAACACACAACACAGAGCAACAGAGAGCCGAGCCCCCGCAAAACCAACCAAUCAAAAUGCCUUACGUCAUUUCUUAACCACGUGAAAUGAUCUCUCAAGUGAUAUAAUAAAUGACCUGUUUGCAAGCAAGAGUACGAGAUAAAAGAGAGACAGGGUGGUCUUUAUUUGUCGAGGAAAUAGAGGCAUCUUGACUUGAAAAAAAAAAAUCCAAGGAAAUGAGUGUGGAGUGCAAGGAGAUUCUUAAUUUAUAUAUAACAGGUUAUCAGGGAUUGGACAACAGCAAACAGCAUGAUCAGAGUUACUGUUUUUUGUUUUGUUUUUUUGUUUUUUGUUUUUUUAUACGUUUUUAAUUUAGUUUGUAUUUGAUUUUUUUUGUGAGUGGAGACAGCAUGUGAAGGUUUUAAGAUUAUUUUGUGUUCUGGUCAUUUUCUAAUUUACCAAUUUUCCUUUUUUUACUGAUUACAGCAGGUGCUCCAAAAUGUGCUAAAUGUCUGUUUUUACACAAUGUUUUCUUGUUUUUGUUUCAUGGCCUACUUAAUAACUAUUUUAAAUUACAUAACUAUAUGUGAUGCGUAUCUGCACAAUGUUGUUUCUGACAUCAUUGUAUCUGACUUGAAUUAUUGUGAAGUGGUCAAAUUGAUCAUCAGGAAACAUAUGAGACAUAACACAUCAACAGCAAGAGAGAAACUGUGUCCCGUCAGGGCUGUUAUACGCCUGAGUCAUUGUGCUAUGUAAAACAUAAUGGUUGAAAUAAAUACAAUCUUAAAAAAAGAA